AUGCCGCUAACGCACGCCCAUCCCGGGCCCCCUUCGCCAUCAUCAUCCUUCCCCGCCGCCGACCACACCGCCGCCACCACCGCCGCCGACCACACCGCCGCCACCACCGCCGCCGCCGCUGCCGCCGCUCCAUCUCCACCCGUACCAUCCUCCCCACCACCACUUUCUCCCUCAGCCCCCUCCCCCCUCGAAGCCCUCCCCACCGAACUCCUCACCCGCAUCGCCCUCACCCUCCCCACCCUCCGCGACCUCAAAUCGCUCCGCCUCUGCUCGCGCCGCUGCGCCGACGCAACGAGUUAUGCCUUCGGCACGCGCGGCCUCUCGGCCGUCCAGUUCUUCUUCUUCCGCCGCAGCCUGCGGCGGCUGGCCGCGCUGAGCCGCGACGAGAAGUGGAGCCGCUUCGUGCGCGAGGUGCGCAUCGCGAAAAGCUUCGUGCCGUGGCGCAAGAGCCACCAGGCCCCCGCGGGCAGGGAGUGGGGGCGGGAGAGGGAGGUGCAGGUGCAGAGGGGGAUGCAUAGGGGUGGGUUGGGGGCGGGCGGGGAGGAGGGGAGGGAGGAUGCGGUUGUGGUGGAGUUUGGGGUCAUGGAGGGGGUGAGGUGCGUGAUGGUGGAGAUUAGGACGGGGAGAGCAGAAGACGCCCAACACCACCGCUGCCUCCCCCACCUCUUCGCCCACUGCCCCGGCCUCGACACUAUCCACUACGACUCCCUCUACAUCGACCAGCACAAACCCAUGUCCGCCUACAUCUGGGUCCCUCCUCCACCCCCUCUCUUCUCCUCCUCCUCCUCCUCCUCCUCCUCCUCCUCCUCGCCCUCCUCCCUCCGCCGCCUCCGCUUCACCCGCUCCAUCUUCUGGCACGCCUCCGCCCUCGCCGACUUCGUCCGCGCCUACGCCCCCGUCCUGACCGCCGUCCACGUCAGCCAGCUGUGCGCCACGCCCGACUGGUCCGUCUUCCUGCUGAUGCUGCGCGACGAGUGUCCGUUGCUGGAAGACGUCGUCUUCGAGGGGAACGUGUGUCGGUUCAGGGAGGUCGAGGUCGUGUGGGCGGAUGGGGUUGUGGAUAGGGGGGAGAGUGUGGGGAGGGUGGUGAAGGAAAAGGGAGUAAGGGAGGCGUUGGGGGAGAUGGUGGGGGGGUUGAGGUUGGGGAAGGAUGUUAUGUGA